AUGACGGAACCGACAGAGCAAGUCAGACUCCAUAUCAGCCCUCUAACCCCCGAUAUCCUCCCCGCGGUACUACCAGCAUCAAUUCGAUCAACUGCCACCGAUAUCUCCUACCAUAGCAUUCCUACCUUUCCUGAGAAUAGUUACGGAUACGUCACUCUCUCGAAGAUGGAUGCUGAUAAGAUCAAGAAGAAGCUGAAUGGAUCAAUUCUGAAAGGCAAGAAAUUCAAAGUUGAAACAGCUCGCCCGUCCAAGCGACCAUUGGAGAAAGAAGACGCCGAACCUGAAGUUCCCAAGGAAAAGAAAAAGUCGAAGAAGAGCAAAUCAGAAGAUCAAACCCUGGAUGGCUUUGAGCUUCCCUCUGAUCGCAAAGUAAAGAGAGGCUGGACUGAACCUAAGUCGGCCAAAGACAAGCGGAAGUACGAAAAGAAAAAGAGCAAGGAUGAAAAGAAGGAGAAACUCCAAGCCAAAUCCAAAUACACCGAGAAGUCCGAGUGUUUAUUCCGCACCAAACUUCCUCCCAAUCGCGCUUCCGAUGCGGCUGCCGACGACAAAAAGGCCAAGAGGAAGCACACAACUACAGAGUCUGUGGUGCACGAAUUCGCCAAAGCAACCACCUACCCUAGCUUCCUCCGUUCCUCAGGAGAUGACACCGCAAAGACAGCUACAUUCGAUGAAGAGAAGGGCUGGAUAGAUACUACGGGCAGUGUGAAGGAAGCUGUCAGCGAGAAGACUCAGAAGAAGGAUUAUCGGCCAGGUAAGGUCGCCGGAGUGACAGAGAAGCGACCGGUCCGCAAGAUUCCAGUUUCAAGCCCGAAAGCCAAAACACCAGAGGCUCAAUCUUCCGAGUCUGAAGACUACACUUCAUCAAGCGGGUCUUCGGAUGAAAGCUCGGAUUCGGAGAGUGAAACUGAAGCCAGUUCCGAUGACCCUGACUCCGAGUCCUCCGCAGACGAGGAGGUUCCCGCAGAAGCGGCCCCCGAAGAAAAAGAAUCUUCGCCAGAAAGUGUCAAACAUGCUUCCACAACUGUCGCAGAUGAAUCAAAUCCAGAGUUGGCCAGCGAGCCCGCACAAGAUGUGGAGGAAGCGCCUAAAGAAGUCCACCCAUUGGAGGCUCUCUUCAAACGUUCUGCACCUGCAGAGUCUGAUCAGGCCCCACCAAAUGCUGAGGCUGGAUUCAGCUUCUUUGGCAACAGCGAUGAUAUUGAAUCAGAGGAAGAGUCUAGAGCCGCUGAGCCGCAGACUCCCUUUACGCCAUUUGCCAAGAGGGAUCUACAGGAUCGGGGCAUGCGCAGUGCAGCUCCCACUCCGGAUACAGCUGCGGCUAGUCGACACAUGCAGUGGAAUAAUGAUGACAUGGAGGAAGACGAAAGCCCGAUUGAUACCCCAGUCUCCAAGUCCCGAACAGAAGGAUCCGGUGACAAAGACGAGACUGAAUUUGCGAAAUGGUUCUGGGAAAACAGAGGUGAUAACAACCGGGCAUGGAAAAAGAGGAGGCGCGACGCAGCCAAGGAGCAGAGACAGAGAGAGAACCGGAAGAAGGGGAUGAAGGGAAGGUCAUGA